AUGAACGGCAAGGAAGAAAGCAAGAACGAGAGCACUAAUGGGUUAUGCUCGAGUAGUAUGUGCAGCACUCUGUCAAGUGAGAAACGGAUAAUAAAAUUGUGCGAGGAGGAUAUCAAUAAGAUUGCAGCUGGGGAGGUGAUAAUUAGGCCAUGCAAUGCAUUGAAGGAAUUAAUUGAAAAUAGUUUGGAUGCAAAUUCCACAAGCAUAAGUGUUCAUUUAAACAGAGGAGGGUUAAAAUCGUUACAAAUAAUUGAUAAUGGAGAUGGAAUACACAAAGAUGAUUUACAAAUUGUAUGCGAAAGGUUUACUACUAGCAAAAUAACUAGCCAUAAGGAUAUCCGUUUUAUUAAAAGUUUUGGGUUCAGAGGUGAAGCAUUGUCAUCUAUAUCACAUGUUUCAUUCUUAACAAUAACGACGAAAAAAAAAAACUCUCCCUUCUGUUAUACGUGUGCAUACAAAGAUGGAAAACCAACUCAGAAUGAACCAACAAUUUGCUCAGGAAAAGAUGGUACCAUAAUAAGAUUUGAUGAUCUUUUUUAUAAUAUGAAUUCUCGUUUAAAAACAUUAAACCAUAGUGAUGAAUACAACAAAUGUUUAGAGGUAUUGCAAAAAUAUGCUAUUCAUUAUCCACAUGUUUCUUUCACAUGUAAAAAAUGGCUUAGUAAUACUGUCGAUUUGAAUACGCAAGGUACAGGUAAAGGGAUAGGAGGGUUAGGAGGUAUUUAUGUCAUUAAAUCUAAGAGAAAAGAGUUAUUCAACGAAUUAAUGGAAGAAUCUUACCAAGGGAAAAGUGAAACAUUGCUGAAUAAUCAUAACAAGGAUGGUGAUAAUUUGAGCAAAGCAGAGAUAUACACAGAAAUGGAAAAUAAAAUAUUAGAAGAAGAGAAAUAUUUAGACAAAAAUUAUGAAAAACACCUUAACAAUGUCAGGUUAACUAUACAAAAAAUUUACGGUAGAAACAUUGCUAAAGAAUUAAGCUCUAUAUUUAUCAAGGAGAAAAUACCAACCUUUUUUAAAUGCUAUGGAUUGAUAAGUAAUCCAACAUAUAGUGGAAAAAAAGGGUCUUACAUCUUUUUUAUUAAUGAUCGUUUAGUAGAAUCAAGCAUAUUAAAAAGAAUGUGUGAAGCUCAAUAUUCCAAUUUCUUAGCUAAAGGAAAUUACCCAUGGGUUUAUCUCUCCAUACGAUUAAAGUAUGACAUAGUAGAUGUCAAUGUUCAUCCCACAAAAAAAGAGGUUCAUUUCUUAUAUCAAGAAGAAAUCACAUUGCUUAUUUCUAGACGAAUAGAAGAAUUUUUGAAAAAUUUUCAAAAUGCACGAAGUUUUAAUGCUCCAACAGCUAAUAUGAUACAAACCAAAUUUGAUAUCACUUCUACUAAGGUAGAAGUAAAGACAGAGAUAACAAGCAGAGGAAGCAAAUGUAGAGAAGAUGUUGGUACUACAUUAACUGGUGAAAGUAGCCGGAUAGAUGGAGGAGUAAAAAAUGGAUUAGGACGAUUAAGAGAAAACCAGGGGAAAAGUGUCAAAAAAUCGAUAGACACGAAAAGGGUAAGAACAGAUCAUAGACAGAUUAUGCUUACGAAUUAUUUUGUAAAGAAAGAGGAAUGUAAAAAAGAAGACAAAACAGCAGUAGUGCUAUUUGAAGAAAAGGAAUAUGAGAUUCAAAAGUUAGAAGCACCUAAACCUGCUCUAUUCAAUGCAAAUGUAGAAAAACACAUAAGCAAUGUGAGGUAUAACAGAAUAUACGAAUGUGAAUGUGAUAAUAUAAGCAGCAUAAGAAAGUUAAAGAAAAUAUGUGAAGAAAAAGAGAAAAAGGAAUUAACGGAAUGUUUGAAAAAUUCUAUAUAUGUUGGAGCAGUGGACAGUUUGCAUAGUUUAAUUCAAUAUAAAGAAAAAUUGCUAAUGAUAAAAAUGCCAUUAAUAAUAAAAGAAAUUACCUAUCAAUCUAUUUUGAACCGAAUUGGCAGAAUACCACCUUUCAAAUUUGAACCACCAAUCCCAAUAUAUGAUUUAUUACUAGUAGCAUUAAAUAAUUCCUAUUCAGGUUAUUUUGAAAACCCUGAUUAUGUAAUGAAAAAUAUUGAAAGAAUAUGUAACGAAAUAGAACAAGUUUUCUAUUCUUAUGAAGAAAUGUAUGCAGAUUAUUUUUCUUUAAUAAUUGAAGAUGGAUGUGUUUCAACCUUCCCAGCUUGUUGUGGGGAAUAUUUUCCAGGUCAGGAAUUUUUACCACUCUUAUUCUUAAGACUCGCUACCCAAAUUGAUUAUGAAAGUGAGCUGAAUUGUAUUAAUGGCAUAUGCUAUUUGCUUGGAAAUUUUUACUCCAAAAUUACUCUUCUCGAUGACAAACAAUGGACAUAUCAAGAUGAAUUACUUAUGAUUAAGGAAAAAGAAAUGCAAAUGUUGCUCAAUAAAACAAAAGAUAAAAAUGAUCGAUCAGCAUCAUUUCCAUCGCCAUCAAAAUGUAAGGAUGAAAAAAAUUACGAUUUUGAAAAUAUCUUGGGGGACGAAACAGUCAUUGACAUCAACAAGCAUUUAGCUGCUUCUAAAAAUAUCAACUUGGUUUUCGAGAAAUAUUUCUUUCCUAUGAUUCAGCUAAAUACCGUUAUGAAAAUCCCAAGCACCUUCUCAAACAAUGGGUACAUAAUUGAAUUGACUUCCCUAAAUCAGCUCUACAGGAUAUUUGAGCGCUGUUAG